CACGAACGUCUUUCUCUUGUACAAGUGAUUGAUACUAUGUAACGUGGACGUUCGUCCAAAUAAGAAAAUGGAUCGUCCAAAAACAAUAAUCAACCAGCCUUUGGAGUACAGUCUCCGAAUGUUCGGUGUAUGGCCAGAUACCUCGUUCCAAUUAUUAAAAACAGUCGUAUGGACGAUAAUAAUGUUAACGUUCCUUACUUUUCAAUGCUGGUACUGCGUUAUCCAUGCGAAACUAGGCAUAGUAGAGCUCCUAGACGGUUUGAGUUAUGCUCUAUCCAAUUCACUUGUGUUUGUCAAACUAAUCUUGAUUUGGAUUCACAAGCGAACGUUUUAUAAGAUACUGUCUACAGUUUUGAAGGAUUGGAAUGAUCAACACCUUUCAAUUGAAAAUAAAAGAAUAAUGAACGAUAACGCAGUACUAUCAUCAAAGAUUUCGAAUUUCCUGAUCUGUUACUUUGGAAUUUCGUUUCUUUUAUAUACCGGCUCGACUCUGGCAUUGACAGACGAAGAUGAGAUCACUCACCAAAGAAAAUUCUUAAUUAGAAUGGAAUUUCCAUUCGAAGCUACCACGUCCCCGACUUAUGAAAUUAUUCUUGUUAUACAAUUUCUGUGCGAACUGUUAAUCGUUUAUGGAGCUGCCACUUUGAUAGGUUUAACCACAGCUCUAAUAUUGCACAUUGGUAGUCAGCUGGAUGUGCUGUGCGAGAGAUUAACGAAAAUUUCGUUGUCCAAUGAAAAGGAUGAAAUACGAAAAAAUGCCAUUACAGAAUUUAUAACGAAACAUCAGAAGAUAAUAAUACUAUCGCAAAAUGUUGAGAGGAUUUUUAGUUACAUAUCGUUGUAUCAAUUCUUAUCGAAUAUGAUGGUAAUAUGUUUCAUAAGCUUCGUUUUAGCGGUCUCUUUUCGUACAGGACAAGCCGCAGGUUUAAUAAUGAAAUGCUUCCCUUAUUACGUCGCAAUUAACUGCGAAGCGUUUAUUCUGUGCUACACUGGCGAAUACCUCACCUCGAAGAGUGGAGUAAUCACGAAAGCAGUGUAUAAUUCCCUUUGGUACGAUCUGAAACCGCAGGAAGCCAGGCUCAUAUUGUUAAUUAUAAUGAGAUCGCAAAAGCAAUUAACACUGACGGCGGGCAAAUUCGUUGAUCUUUCGUUGGAAGCAUUUGCUAACAUGUUGAAAGCCUGUGCUUCAUAUGUCUCAGUUUUGUACGCCAUAUAUUUAUUAUAUUUUAUCGCGUUAUCGAUACUCAUGGCGAUGAAGAGUAUAAUCAGCCGACCGGUGGAAAUUAGUCUUCGUUUAAUCGGCGCUUGGCCCAAUUCUUCAUACCGAAUAUUGAAAUAUAUUCUCUGGACCACGAUCAUGUUAACAUUCUUGAUAUUCCAAUAUUGGUACUGUAUAACUCAUGUGAAAACUGAUGUACUGGUGGAUUUCCUAGACGGAAUGAGUAUUACACUCUCUAAUACUCUUCUCUUUGUAAAGUUUGUUAUUAUUUGGUUCUAUAAUCGUGCUGUUUUAUACAGAAUGUUUUCCGAAACGGUGUUAACGAUGACAGACGAUUGGAACGAUCGGAAAUCUGAAUGGAACAUGGAGUUAAUGAUUCGAAAAGUCACUCUGUCAUAUCGAAUCGCCAAGUAUUUGCUGAUUAUGUUUUUAUCCAGUAUCUUCCUGUACACGGCUAGUAUUUUCCUCGCUUCCGACGAGGAGACAGAAGCUCAGAACGAAUUAGUGAACAAGAAAUUCUUGUUGAGAAUGGAGUUGCCGUUCGAGGCGACCGAAUCACCCUUCUACGAGAUCGUCGUCGUCGUACAAUUAAUAGUACAAACGGUGUUCGCAAUGAUGUCGAGCAUGUCGAUGGCUCUAAUCGCCACUUUUGUAAUUCACGUGGUGGGCCAAAUCGAAGUAGUCUGCGACAAGUUGAGUGAAAUUUUGGAUGGCCAAAACGAGGAACAGCUACGUUUGGCAAGCAUGAGGAGCAUCAUAGAAAAACACCAAAGAAUAAUCAGCUUGUCGAGUAACAUAGAGACAGUGUUCACGUUCAUAGCAUUGGUACAAUUUUUCUUUAAUAUCCUCGUCAUCUGUUUUGUAGGCUUUGUGCUUAUGACAUCGCUAGGCACCGAAGAAAUGGUCACGGUCGUGUUCAAAUGCUUACCGUACUACAUAACUAUUAACUUCGAAGCUCUGAUACUCUGUUACACCGGUGAAUACCUCAGUUCGAAUAGUGAAACUAUUGGCUGGGUGGCGUACAAUUCAAAUUGGUACGAACUGAGUAUUAAGGAGAAUCGUACACUAUUAUUAUUAAUACUGCGCUCGCAAAGGCCGUUGAGUUUGACCAUUGGAAAGUUCAUGAAUUUGUCCCUCGAAACGUUCGCCAAUAUGUUAAAAGCAUCGGCCUCAUACAUAUCGGUGCUGUAUGCAAUGGAGUAAACAAAUCGACGAGUACCUGAAGAACUGACCGACGUUCGAACAGAACGAAGAAGAAUAGUUAAUACUGUACGAUGCACUAAUGUUUUAAAAGAACGCAAUCUAAAUAAAAUACUGUUAAACAGGA